UUGGGUGCCUAUAAAUUAGUUUCUUUCUCUCUUGGUUGUCUGUCAUUUGUGAAAUAAGAGACAAAGCAUAGCACUCUUUGACAAAACAGAACAUUCUUCUUGCACCAUUUUUCAGCUUCAUAUAAUAUACAUAUUUAUUUUUUGUCAACUAUGGAUGAUAAUUCAGAAAGCAAUGAAAUUCAUCAUGAGGUGGUUUUAAAUGUAAACGGUGAUGCAUCCAAAAAUUGUGAUGAGUCAGGUUUCAAAGACUCUGUGCCCCUUUUGAAGAAGUUGGUAGCAGAAGUGGUGGGAACAUACUUGAUGAUAUUUGCCGGAUGUGCUGCUGUUUUGGUUAAUCUUAACAAUGAUCAUGUAGUGACACUUCCUGGAAUCGCAGUUACUUGGGGAUUCACUGUUAUGGUAUUAAUUUAUUCUCUUGGUCACAUCUCUGGUGCUCAUUUCAACCCUGCUGUUACCAUUGCUCAUGCUUCCACUAAAACAUUUCCCUUAAAGCAGGUACCGGCAUAUAUUAUAGCUCAGGUCCUUGGAUCCAUACUAGCAAGUGGAACGCUCAAACUUAUAUUUAAUGGCAAAGAUGGUCAUUUUAUCGGAACACUCCCAACUGGUUCUAACCUCCAAGCUUUUGUAAUCGAGUUCAUAUGCACUUUCUUCCUUAUGUUUGUUAUUACUGCAGUAGCCACCGAUGACAGAGCGAUUGGUGAGUUGACCGGGAUUGCAGUUGGGUGUACAAUAUUGAUAGAUAUAUUGUUUGCAGGACCAAUCACGGGAGCUUCGAUGAAUCCGGCAAGGAGCUUAGGACCUGCUGUUGUGGAUCAUGAGUAUAGAGGACUAUGGAUAUAUUUGAUUUCACCCAUUCUGGGAGCUUUGAUAGGCACAUGGACUUACAAUUUCAUUAGGCACAAGAACAAACCAAUGUGUGAUGAGCUCACCAAGAUUGUCCCUACCAAGAUUGUCCCUUUCUUCAGGAGCAGCAGGAUGUAAUGGAAUCAAAUGAUUCCACAAUAAUUCCAAGAGUGCCAACAAUUUUAUCAUUUAUUAGGGUUUAAAUGUUUAGAUCUGGUUUGGAUUGAAAUAUUACACUGUAAUCUACCUAAAGAAAAUGAAAAGUGCAUAUUCUUAUCAUUCAUCAAUUGGUAAGAAAUGUAGGACAGAUAGAGAAAUAAUCCUAUAGGAAUAUCCUACCAUUCUUGUCCUUCAUAAAAUCAGUUUGUCGCACUUCUCAGACUAAAAUAAUUUCUUCAUUGGCACAGCUACGGGUUAGCUAAAACUCAAUUUCUCACAUUAUUACAAUAUAAAUGACAUUAUACAUUA